AACUUCGUACAGCCUUCAAGCAUUGACGUGUUGCUAAAGCCGUUGUUUCAUUAAAUCAAAUCUUUUGGAAAAAUAUACAUGAUCGGUAUUUCCGAUAAAUAGAUUUUAGCAAUCUAUUAAUGAAUAUUCUAUAGUCAAGAGAUUCUGAAAAGGUACUUUGGAACUAUCCGUGAAAGUAAACUUUAGAAAAGCUGCAAUCUUUUAAAUGGAUUUAACUUGUACACUAGACAAUGUAUGUAAAUAACUUUCCCCGGCAUGGAAAGUGAUGAUUUCAACCAAACAGUUCGAAAAUAUGAUUUGGAUGACAUUAAAAAUAUGUCAAAUAAUUUAACAAAUUCCUCCUCUCUCGGACAACCGCAAGCUAUACCAGGUGCCCUUCUUUUCACAGAAGAAAACUUAGUAGCCGUAACUGGCUACCCUAUACUGUUUGUCAUAGGAGCUUGUGGAAAUUUGACUGUUUUUAUAACUUUGUUUAGAAACCGACAUGUUAAAUCAAGAGUAAAUCUUUUCAUUUUACACUUGUCCAUAGCGGACCUAAUAGUAGCAUUUGUCAUACUACCGAUGGAAAUAACAUGGAAUGCAACUGUGGCGUGGAAAGGUGGAGACUUCAUGUGCCGUUUUAUGAUGUUUUUUCGGACAUUUGGGCUCUAUCUUUCGUCGUUUAUUCUUGUGGUGAUAAGUUUAGAUAGAUAUUUCGCCAUUGUCCAUCCGUUGAGCUUAAAUGACUGUGACAAAAGAGGGAAGAUUAUGUUAAGCCUUGCCUGGAUAUUCUCGGCCAUAGCCAGUCUCCCCCAGAGUGUUAUAUUCCAUGUAGAUAGACAUCCGACAUAUACGUGGUUUACACAGUGUGUGACGUUUAAUUUUUUUCCAACGACAUCUCAUGAACUUGCCUAUAAUCUAUUCAAUUUAACUACAUUAUAUGGAUUACCAUUAAUUAUUAUAUCUGUGUCAUAUUGCUCAAUUUUAUAUCAAAUUUCAAAGAAAACAAGACAAAGUAAAGAAGAGGCACUUGGUUUUGCAACAAAACGAAGAUCUCGAUUACGUCGAUCUGCUGUAGGAAAUAUAGAAAAAGCAAGAUCGAGAACAUUAAAAAUGACUCUUGUUAUAGUUAGUGUUUUUAUAAUGUGUUGGACGCCUUAUUAUGUUAUAUCUGCUUGGUGGUGGUUCGAUAUAGAAUCAGCAAAGAGAUUAAAUUCUAAGAUAAAGAAAGGUUUAUUUCUAUUCGCUGUAUCUAAUUCAUGUAUGGAUCCUAUUGUUUAUGGGAUGUUUACAAUAAACUUCAAAAGAGAAUUCUUGAGAUGCUGCUGCUGUCUGAGUAAAAGUUGGAGGAGUCGUCACAUGGCAGAGAAUACCCGGAACCCACAGGUGAAUUCUCAGAGGACACCGCUCAAGACGUCAUUACGAAAAUCAACCUCCACACCAUACGUUGAUGUAGAAAGUGACCAAUCAUCGUCAAACCUGAAGUCAUCGAUAUCCGACAGAUCAUCACGGUAUCGUCCGUGCACGCCAGAACCAAGGAUAGUGAAUGAGAACAGAGCCAAUAUGAAUAACUUUUUAUGUCUAAAUUUACCUCUAGAAGAAACCAAAAAGAAUAUGACAACUACUAUUCAGUGAAAUGUUAUUCUUUGUUUAAGGGGGAUAGACCUUGGUUCAUGGGGAUAAUUAUUUAAAACAGUUAUGCGUUUGUAAAAGUCAAGUUUAAUCAAUGCAGGUUAAGCAUUUAUCUGAAACAGGUUGAAAAUAAUAUAUGUAACAUAAAAGCUUAGAAUAUAUUUAUGAAAAAAGUUUGACACAAACGUACUGUUGAUUUGAAGAGUUGUUUCCCUAAAUCUAGGUCUUCUUCUUUAAGUACGAUAAGAUAAUAAAAUUCAAUCUUAUUAUAAAUUUGAUUUUCUAUCUCUUUCUGCUCU